AUGCAGCCGUCGUCAGAAGAAAUUCACUCAUUUGAUACCCAUAUUGAUAUGGACGAUAUAAAUAUUUGUAAUAGCUCAAGCAAUUCUGCUACAGAAACUGAGUGCACGACUGAGGUCAUAAUUCAUCCCACCAUUUCUGAUGAGGAGAUUCCAAAAGUGGGGAUGCUAUUUGGAAUCCUCGAAGAAGCACGCCAAUUUUACUACAACUAUGCCAAUAAAGUGGGAUUCGAGCCUCAUAUAAGAAACACUAACUUCAACAAGAAUAGAAAAACACCCAUUAACGAAUCCAUACAGUGCAAUAGAGAUGGAUACCGAACAAAGAAGAAUCCAGUAACCCAAAGGUCAAACACAGUCUCAUCUGUACACUGUAAAGCUCGCAUCUAUGUGAAACUUGACACAGAGCUUAGAAAAUGGAUACUGUCGAAGGUAGAAUUAGCUCACACGCAUCGAUGUGAUCCCAGUUUGUCCUGGAUGUUUAAGAAAAACAGGGAACUCACCAUGCACGUUAAGGAUGUCAUUGAGCGCAACGACUAG